AUUCUUCAGGUUGUUUUGGCAGUGUUGGGAGUGUGCUCGGCUGCACCCGUCAUAGGAGACACUCCAGAAGUGGCGGCCGAGAAAGCUCGCUUCUUCCAAGCUUUCAGAGCUGCUGAGGCAUCCGCCAAGAAACAUUACAGCUCCUGCCCUCAACAAGUGUACAGUUCCUACCUCCAACAGGCCUACAACCCCUCCUACUACCACACCGGCCAAUACCACCAUGCCCAAGUGGACGGCCCCAUGGCUGCCACCAUUCCCGCUGGUCUCCGUGACUCCACCAACCAGGUACCUGACAUCCCCGAAGUGGCCGCAGCUAUACAUUCUUUCUUCAGCACCUACCAGAGGCAGGCACCAGCAACGGCUCCUCCAACACUCUACUACUGA